CCUCUUCUUCUCCGACGAAAAACAAAGAGUCUCCUUGGUUUCUCACUGUAUAUUUCCUCCUUCAAAAUCAAAAGAACAAAACCCUUUUCUUCCACUUUGCCUUCUCCGCCGUUUUAGCUCUGCCACGCCUGCGCCGCCUCUGCUACUCCGCCGAGCCUGCUCCACCACGGCUGCGCCACCUCUGCUGCUCCGCCGAGCUUGCUCAGCUUCUCCUUCUCCGAUUGUGUGUUGGGUUGUUCUUCUCUCGCCGGCAACUGAAUCGUUCUUGAGAUCCUUUGUCUGUACAAUUGCGAAGUGAGAUCCUUUGUUCUAAGAAACAAGUUGAUCCUCUUACUCAUCAAGUCUUAAUUAGUAAUUCUGGUCUCUUUCUACAGGAAACGUGUUCCUGAAGCAUGGGUCUGAACUAAGACUGAUCCUUGCUUUCCUUGCUCGCGUUGAACAGAGGCAUGGCACAAGAGUAUCCAAAACGUUUUAUGAGAGCUGGAAAUGAGCCCAAAGUGAGUCAGAUUAACAAUUCAUGUCGAAUGUCUAUUUUAGAUAAGAUCAAGAAGGCAUUACCAGCUGAGUAUGAUAUAGUGAAGAGUGAUCAUGUCUUCGCACAUGUGUUUGCAAUACAUGAAAACGGUCUCGGGUAUUCGGCUCGAUUGAUACAUAGCAUAAUGUGUAGGCAAUUGGUAACGAAGAAAAAACAUGAGCUCUGGUUUGUGUUUGGAAAGAAGCCACUCAGAUUCUCUAUGUAAGAAUUUUAUGCAGUUACUGGGCUAAAGUGCAAGGAUGACUUCUCUGGUGAUUUAGAAACUUGGAAAAAGACAAAGGGGUUUUGGAGUAAAUUGUUGGAUGGAGAGGAGAUUAUUACCAUGGUGAAGUUGAUGAAGAUCCACCUUGAAGCAGCUCCCAACUGGAGUGAAGUUGAUAGAAUUCGAUUUGUGUAUAUUUCUGUGAUUUGUGGGUUGGUAAUGGCUAUGGAUGAGAAAAAGGUUAUACCAGUCACUUACAUCAAGUUGGUGAUGGAUCUUGAGAAGGUUAGGACUUAUCCUUGGGGUCUUUUAGCUUUUGACCAUUUAGUUAAGUCUAUUGGGAAGGCAAGAUCUAAAUUGAGGAACACCACAAGUUAUAUCCUCGAUGGUUUCUCAUAUGCACUUCAAAUAUGGGUUAUGGAAGCAAUUCCUGUCAUUGGAGAACUGUUGGGAGAGAAGAUUGAUAAGAAAUAUUUUGCUCGAUGUUCUUAUUGGAAAGGCUCUGCAAAAGUAUCAUAUGAUGAACUUAUUGUCAUAGAAAAGUCAAUUGGAACAAAGGAUGUUGUAUACGCAUACAUUUCCUCCACAGGAAAUUAUGAUGUAUUUGACCAAGAUGGCAAAGUGGAUAACUUGAAUGCCUUGGUUAGAAGUGGAUAUAAUUUUGGAGAUCAUAUUUGGGAAAGUGUUGAUGAUGUACUUGAUGAAAAUGCUGACGAUGUUGUAGUGUCUGAAGAUGAGAAUGUGAACACUCAACUUAGUGAUGAAGACAACGAAUUGUCUGGUUUGCAGAGUACUGAGAAGCAAACCGAUAAGGUUGAAGUGGCUGGUUUGAAGAAGAGGAAGAAGAAGGACGGUGAUGUUGGAACAGAGGCACGGAAAAGGAGUUUGCUAUGUCAGUGUGCAUCAACGGCCAAUUGUACUUUUGAUGAAGAAAUGAAGUCAUUUGUCAAGGGAGUGACUGAAUCCUCUUUUACGGCUUUUACAGAGAGCUUUGAAAAGAGAUUUAAAAAGAUGGAGGAAGAUGUUUCAGAAAUCAAGGAGUUGAUAUGUGGAGCUAGAAGAGCUCCGACUAUGCCACCACCCAAUCCUCCAGAAGUGGAGCCUAAAUCUACGGUUGAAACAUUAUUAUUUGACGAUAUGGGCACCUCCCCUUUUGAAAUAGACCUCAACUUAGAUUCACAAGAAUUAGGUCAAUUAUCUCAAAAAACAACGGUGCCUGGAUUUGAUCCAUCACAAUGUUUUCUUAGUGGAGAUAUUGACAAGCAACCAAAAAAAGAAGUUGAUGCAUCAGUUGACAAGAAAAAAAUAAUAAUUCGAAACGCGGGUAAGGACAGCAUUGAUCCUUUAUUGACGUUCGUUUCUGAUGAAUUAUGGGAUGCUUAUGAAGCUUGGAGUUUUCGGUGUUUGCGUUUCGAAGUUCUUAAGUUGGGCCCGACUUCACUUAAUCACAAGUUGUUUGAUAGAAUCAUAAUGAACAACUACUGGCUUCAAAACGAUGAAAUUGAUGCUAUGAUGUAUAUCUUUCGAGAGCAUACAUCAUUAGGCCGAUUACCGUCAAGUCGUGUUGGUUUUAUGAAUUGUAUGUUUAGCAUGCUAAUCAAGACCGAACACGCGAAGUACUUGAAAGAUAGACGGAGCCACAAGUGGAGUAUUGAUCUUUUAGAUUAUGCAAACGGUGAAUUACCAUCGCAUGGAAAGACGCGAAAAUGAUGGGCCACGGAUUUUGAUAGAAUUUAUGCUCCGGUCUUCGUUAAUGGUAAUCAUUGGAUUUCAGUUUGCAUUAACUUCAUUCUUAAAACAGUUGAAGUAUUUGACUGUGAUCGACACUACAAUAGAAGGCAUGUGGAACCAUUCGCAGCUGCUAUCCCUCGUAUUGUAAAUGAAAUUCACAGUAAGGUUGAUGGGAAAGUACCGUUGUUGACACAAUAUCAGAUCAUA